AUGCGGGACGAAGAUGUUGAAGAAGCAUUAAAAUCCCAAGACAACAACAACGACAACAUCAGUAAUUUGCUAAUUCAUAUUUAUAAAUUUAUAUCCUCUAUCUCCAAAAUGAAACAAACUACAGUGGAUCAAAAUGAAGCCGCUCUCACAGAGAGUAUUUUGAAGGUGGCCAAACGUGAGCUGCGUGAAGAUAAAUGUACACGGGAUCAAUGUCUGGAACAAUUCCGCAAUUGGUUGGCCAAAAACGAAGAUGUCCAAAAUAUUCGCACCGAUGAUCACUUUGUGUUACGUUUCUUGCGGGCAAAGAAAUUCAGCGUUCCCAUGGCUGAACAGACUCUAUUGAAAUAUUUAAAUGUACGCCGGACAUUUCCACACAUGACCACUGGAUUGGAUUUCUUCGAUGAACGUCUGAAUGAUAUUAUCUCGAAUGGUUAUAUUUAUGCCACACCCAAGCGGGAUAAAAAUGGUCGCCGUGUCAUCAUCAAUAAUGCCCACUGUUUUAAUGCCAAAAAAUACAAUGCCAUGGAUCAGGCAAAGGCACACUUCCUAACCUAUGAAUGUCUUAUGGAAGAUCCUCAAACUCAGGUUAUGGGUUUGACACACAUUGGCGACUUUGCUGGCAUCACCACGGCCCAUGUUACCAAUUGGAAUCCCACAGAAUUUGGUCGCCUCUUCAAAUGGGGUGAACAAUCACUUCCCCUCAGACACAAAGAGAUUCACUUGAUCAAUGUCCCCUCCACCCUGAAAUGGGUGGUCGAUUUCGUUAAGAAUCGUGUCAGUUCGAAAAUGCGUAACCGUCUCAAUGUCUACACCAGUGAUAAAGAUUUACACAAAGCUGUCGAUCCCGAAUGCCUGCCAUUGGAGCUGGGCGGUAAAAUUCCACAAAAAGAAAUGGUCGAAAUGUGGAAGCGGGAAUUGGCCGAAAAGCGUGAUAUUAUCCUGCAACUGGACGAAAUGAAAUUACUCACAGAUCGUGGUAUUUUGCGCAAAAGUUCACACAAUUCCGAAAAGUCCAGCAAUCAACCGACAUUUGUCUCACAAAUCGAAUCGAUACAAGGCAGUUUUCGUAAAUUGGAAUUUGAUUGA